AUGGAGAACUAUACCAUAGACUCAGGCGAGUGGCCACUGACAACAGAAUUUGACUACGGUGAUUCAGCACCAUGCAUGGGAACUGAAGAAAAGCAUUUUGCAGCAAAAUUUUUGCCACCGCUUUAUUCUUUGGUGGUGAUACUUGGCCUCAUAGGCAACAUGCUUGUUGUCCUCAUCCUGGUAAAAUACAAGAGAUUGAAGAGUAUGACUGACAUCUACCUGCUCAAUUUGGCAGUAUCUGAUUUGCUGUUUGUAUUUUCUCUCCCUUUUUGGGCUUAUUACGCUGUUCAUGACUGGAUUUUUGGGGAGGCGCUGUGUAGAAUUCUCUCAGGUGUCUACCUCCUGGGCUUCUACAGUGGCAUCUUCUUCAUAAUCCUGCUGACCCUAGACAGGUAUCUGGCCAUAGUGCACGCAGUGUUUGCUUUAAAAGCCAGGACAGUCACCUACGGCAUCCUCACCAGUGUUGUCACUUGGGCUGUUGCUAUUUUUGCUUCUGUUCCUGGGAUAGUAUUUCACAAAACUCAAAAGGAAAAUUCACGUUACACUUGCAGUGCUCAUUAUCCACCAGAGCAGAGAAAUGUAUGGAAGCAAUUCCUGACCUUAAAAAUGAACAUCCUGGGACUUGUUAUUCCAAUGUUAAUUAUGGUCUGCAGCUACACGCAAAUUAUAAAGACAUUACUGCAAUGUAGAAAUGAGAAGAAACAUAAAGCAGUCAGGCUUAUUUUUAUCAUCAUGAUUGUCUACUUUUUUUUCUGGGCACCAUACAACAUUUGCAUUCUCCUGCGUGAUUUUCAAGGUACAUUUUCCAUCACUACUUGUGAAGGCAGUGGUCAACUGCACAAAGCAACCCAAGUGACAGAAACAAUCUCAAUGAUCCACUGUUGUAUCAACCCUGUAAUUUAUGCCUUUGCUGGAGAAAAAUUUAGGAAGUAUCUUCACACUUUUUUCCGAAAGCAGAUUGCAUCCCACUUCUCUAAAUACUGUCCCGUUUUCUAUGUUGACACAGCUGAGCGGGCUAGCUCCACCUACACACAAUCUACUGGAGAACAAGAAGUGUCUGCUGCGUUGUAA